AUGCUGCCCGUUUUCGAUGCCAAUACAUGCAAGAACAGGCACACAUUCUAUGUAAAGCAAUGGUUGAACACGGUGUUGUUUUGUGCGGACGGUCUUAAAGAUCUUCUUGAGGGUGAUGAGCCGUCACAGAAAAGACUUGAGUCAGGUGACGAUCAUUUGUCACUUGAUGAUGACGAUGACAUGAAAGAGGAAGCGUAUGAAAGUCUGGAGAUUUGUGAAGACGAAGAUAAUAACGAUGAUGACGACUUCACCGGAAACGAUAACGAAAAAAUCAACGUCGCUUAUUGCAAUGCGUGA